AUGAAUGAAAGCAUAAUAAAUAAGAGUGGAAAUAAGAACUGCGUAUUAUGCGGGGGUAAAAACCCUAGCUGGGGCUGUUUCCCAUUUGGUGUUCUAACGUGCACAAAGUGUGCUGGUGGAAUAAGGGAGCUUGGCACGGACGUGUGCAGUGUUAAGUCACUCCUGCUGGAUACAGUAGAUGACAAAUUCUUAGAGCCAUUCACCACGGGAAACAAUGCAGUAUUCCUCGACUGGUACAGUAAAAAGUCCAGAGAAGACCUUUCUGCAGCCUUUUUUAAAACAUCCCUGGCAAAAGAGUACGCGAAAGAGUUGAAACAAGGCAAAGUAAAGGAGAAGACUGCAUCAAGUGCCCCUGCGAUUACACCAGGAAACAUUUCAGCACCAAAGAAUUCGCAGAAGAAGACCCAAAAAAAGUCCAAGUUAAGAUUUGUCACUGAAGAGGACGAAGAAAGUGCAGGGGAAGAACAAGAAGAAGAAAUUUCAACGGAGAAGGAAAAAGAGGUUUCGAAAAAAAAACAACCAUCCGGCGAGUCCCAGGGAAAAUAUUAA